CCACCAUGAAGUUCAGCCUAAACCCAGUGGUGCUGUCGCGCCAGAUUCGCGAGAUGGGCGACCCAAGAACGCGAGACUACCCUCUGGUCAUGGAUCCGCUAUUCGUCGUGACGCUGGUGGCGGCCUACCUCUACUUCGUCAAGGUGGCCGGUCCUCGCUGGAUGAAGGACCGGGAGCCCUUCCGCAUCCUCAACGUCGUGCGCGUCUACAACCUGGCACUGGUGCUCAUCAAUGUGCGGUUUCUCUACCUGGUACUCCGGUUCACUUAUCUGCCCGGUGGCCACUACAACCUCUGGUGCCAGGGCAUCACGGGCCACGUGACGGACGAGAUGCGAGAGUACUACCGCACGGGCUACGUGUACACUAUCUCGCGCUACAUGGACCUGCUGGACACCGUGUUCUUCGUUCUGCGCAAGAAGUUCACCCACAUCACCCACCUGCACGUCAUUCACCACACCAUCGUGGUCGCCAACGUCUGGUUCUUCACGCUCUUCGCGCCCGAGGGCCAGCCCGUGAUGGGCAUGUGCUUGAACGUCUUCAUCCACAUCAUCAUGUACUCCUACUACUUCCUGGCGACACUGGGGCCCGGUGUGCGCAAGUACCUCUGGUGGAAGAAGUACCUGACCACCAUGCAGAUCAUGCAAUUCGUGCUCAUCAUGAUGCACAUGUCCAUUCCCUUGUUCGUGGACUGCGGCUUUCCGAAGCAACUUAUCAUCGUGGGAAAUCUGCAGACGUUCCUCAUAUUGUGUCUGUUUGUCAACUUCUACAUCAAGACCUACGUCACCAAGCCCAAUCAUCCCUGUUCGACGGGACCACAGUGGCACGAUGGACGCCGUGGUCGAGCCGGCGAAGAAUGGAAAGAGCGAGUAAAGACCCUCGACCAAAAGAGUGGUCGUUGA